AUGGACAACGGAAUUCCUUACUCGUCGAACUUCCAAUACUCCAUGACUGUCGCCGCACAGGUCCCGAUUCUUGUGUUCAGCUUCACCAACAUCUUCUUGGCUGCCAAAUGUGAUUUGACUGCUCGCAUGCGCAUUUGCCUUGCCAUCGUUCAAGCAAUGGUUGUUAUCACCAUGGUGUUCAUCUACAUCGAUACCAGCGAUCGAAACUAUCUACUACGUCACCCUUCUUAG